AGGAGGACAUGCGUGGGAAUAUCGACCGUCAGGUUUAUUUUGAGCAGCUUUAAAGGUGCACAUUUGCAGGCUUUAGGACCCAGCUCGGCGGUCUGGGCCUAAGCCGCCCUCCCUCCUGCAGGAGCCAGCAGACACUAGCGCAGCGCUCAGCUGAUGCACUCACAGCAGACAGGACCUGGAUGUUUUUUCCCCCUCUCUUCCUCGCUCGCCUGUUUUCCGCCGCUUCAUUCAAUCGGAGGGGUGGAUCAUCCACCGUCUGCCCCUCAGAAACUUUCUGACGGAGCCAAAAAAAAAGAAAAGCUCCCGCCGGGUUUCCUCUGGCAGCAGCAGAGAGAGAGAGGAGGGACGGGGAGUUUGGAGAGCUGUGAGGAUCAGGAGAGCGAUGGUGUGAUUCUGUGAAGAGAAAGAGAGACGCUCCGGCAGCAUCACCGACCCCCCCACGCCCCGCUCGCAGACCCCCUUCUGUCUGGCUCUCCUGAAUAACGCUCGAGACAGGCGCUUUGGGGACGACCAGGAAACAUGUCACAGACUCGGAGGAACACGUACACCCGGACCACCAGCAGCGGCAGCAGCAGGAUGAGCUCGGACGGGGGCGGGCGGCCCGUCAAAGUGGGCUCCCUGGUGGAGGUGAUCGGGAAGGGGCAGCGCGGCACGGUGGCCUACAUCGGAAACACGCUGUUUGCCUCCGGGAAAUGGGUUGGAGUCAUCCUGGACGAGGCCAAGGGCAAGAACGACGGCACGGUGCAGGGCAAACGCUACUUCACCUGCGAGGAGAACCACGGCAUCUUUGUGAGGCAGUCGCAG